GACUGCUUCUUCUACUUGUUUUUUUCAGGAGGCGAUCGAAGACUCAUCUCCCCAUGCUUCAGGUGUGGACUGCUGAGAAGCCCCACCCUCAAGAGGAGUACUUGGACUGCCUUUGGGCACAGAUCCAGAAACUAAAGAAGGAUCGCUGGCAAGAACGUCAUAUCCUACGUCCGUACAUCGCUUUUGACAGCGUGCUGUGUGAGGCUCUGCAGCACAACUUGCCCCCCUUCACGCCGCCCGGACACAUGCCCGAUGCCGAGUACCCCAUGCCCCGCGUCAUCUUCCGCAUGUUCGACUACACUGACGCACCUGAGGGUCCGGUUAUGCCCGGCAGUCAUUCUGUGGAGAGGUUUGUCAUCGAAGAGAACCUGCACUGCAUCAUGAAGACUCAUUGGAGAGAGCGCAGAACUUGCGCCGCCCAGUUACUCAGCUACCCUGGCAAAAAUAAGAUCCCCCUCAACUAUCACAUUGUGGAGGUGAUUUUUGGAGAACUUUUUCAGCUGCCCUCUCCCCCUCACAUUGAUGUAAUGUACACGUCACUGCUGAUCGAACUUUGCAAACUGCAGCCAGGCUCGCUGCCACAAGUUUUAGCCCAAGCCACAGAGAUGCUCUACAUGCGACUGGACACCAUGAACACCACCUGCAUCGACAGACUCAUCAACUGGUUCUCCCACCAUUUGAGCAACUUCCAGUUUCGAUGGAGCUGGGAUGACUGGGCUGACUGUUUGACAUUGGAUCUUGAGAAACCCAAACCCAAAUUUGUCAAAGAGGUUCUGGAGAAGUGCAUGAGGCUGUCCUACCACCAAAGGAUAGUGGAAAUUGUUCCACCCACUUUCGCCGCCCUCAUUCCGGCCGAGCCUGUCUUCAUCUACAAAUAUGCUGACGAAAGCGCUUCGUUGUUGCCGGGUUACGCCAUGUCAGUGACCGUCUGCAACGCCAUCAAGAACCGAGCGUCCAACGAGGAGAUUCUCACCAUCCUCAAAGAUGUGCCCAACCCCAACCAGGACGACGACGACGACGAAGGUGAGAGCUUCAACCCGCUGAAAGUGGACGUUUUCUUGCAGACGCUUCUUCACCUGGCAGCCAAAUCCUUCAGCCACUCAUUCAGUGCUCUCGGCAAGUUUCACGAGAUCCUGAAGAACCUGACAGAGAGCGACGAGGGCAAACUGCACAUUCUCAAGGUGGUCUACCAGGCGUGGAAGAACCACCCACAGAUGAUCGCCGUGCUGGUGGACAAAAUGAUCCGGACGCAGAUUGUGGACUGCGCUGCUGUGGCCAACUGGCUUUUCUCUCAGGACAUGGCUCACGAGUUCACCAGACUUUACAUUUGGGAGAUUCUGCACUCGACCAUCCGGAAGAUGAACAAACACGUCCAAAAAAUCCAGAAGGAGCUGGAGGAGGCCAAGGACAAGCUGGAGAAGCAGCAAAAUAAGAGGCCGAGGGACAGCGGCGACGAAGAAGACAUGGAAAAGAACAGCGAGGAUGAGGAGGGUCAGCUGGAGGAGCAGAUCGAUAGGCUGCAGGAGAAGGUGGAGUCGGCUCAGAGCGAGCAAAAGAACCUCUUCCUCGUCAUCUUCCAGCGCUUCAUCAUGCUGUUGACUGAGCAUCUGGUGCGCUGUGAGACGGGCAGCGUCAACGUCAGCACGCCGUGGUACAAGAACUGCGUAGAGAGACUACAGCAGAUCUUUCUCAUGCACCACGUGACCAUCCAGCAGUACAUGGGCACGUUGGAAAAUCUGCUGUUCACAGCUGAGCUGGACCACCACAUCCUAGCCGUCUAUCAGCAAUUUUGCGCCCUUCAGCUCUGAAAAGCCUCUGCACAACUUUACGGCUCUUGCAUCAAGAAUCUCCUCAGCCAUUAAAAAAAAAAACAACAAAAAAAAAACAACAAUACACAAUAUUUGCAAUACUGUUUUUUUUUUCUUUUUAAACUGGUCCUUGAUGGACUCAAAGUCCAGAGAGAACCUUCCAACAUUUGUUUUAUAUUUGUUUUAUGUGGUAUUGAAUAGGAAUUAAAACUCCAGUUCUUUAAAC